AUGUCGACAGCCAACACCGCGGAUGGGUUGAUCAAUGACGAUGCUAGCGGUCGUUGCGAAAGAUCCUUCCUAUUCCCAUCGAGCCGCAAGCUUCGACAUUUACAAGCCAUCUCCGUACGGAACCUUGGUCUCGCACCUCCGAGUCGGGCUCGAGGGAAGACAAUUGACGAUGAGGAUAUCCCCAACUCGCUGCAAUCCCCGUCGAAGAUCCUGGCCCAAGAUGCGAAUCGAUUGCUACACCACUCACGGUCCUUCUCUACUCUAAAAUCCCAGCCUGCAACUGGCGACCAGGACAUUCCGAAUGAGCAGCAACUGCCGCUGCGACCGGUCCACCGGAGGAAUACCUUGAUAUGGAGCGAUCCCAACCCCCGGACACGACAGGUGAUGUUGGAGGAUAUUACACGAAGCCGGAUGGCCAAUACGUGGUUCUCGAUGCAUUGCGACGGCGUCGACGAACCCGUGUACGUGAGCGAGGUUGUGGAAAACACGACGAAUCCGAACUUCCGCUCGUUUGACCUGAGCAUUUGCGGGCCAUUGGUUUCUCGCUUGGAUCGGCUGACAUUGAAAGUAUGGGUGAAGACCGUAGCGAUGGAGGAUUAUAUAGUGCUGGUGGAACUACAACUACACCUUCAGUCUCUCCAGUUUCUGGGGCGGUCGUUGGACAGCUUCCACCAGCCAUUGCCCUCGAAUUCUAUUCUAUUUCAUUUUCCCGACGGGGUGUACACGAACCUGACCGAUAUCCCGCCGUUAUGGACGACGUUACCGAUGCAAAGCUCUAAAUCUAGUGAUCCGACCACAGUACCAACGUCCUCGUAUGACGCGUUGAUGCGGCUAGCAAACCUGGAUGAAUGCAUCCAGGACGCCUUGAUCACGAGGGAACGUCUGGAGUCCCAGAUUAGCUCUAUCCUGGAACAGAACCAACAUGCCCUGAACAUGACCAGCGAGGCAUCCCGGGCUCAGGAUAAGCUCGCGCUCACGAGGAACGCAGUCUCCGCAGAGAGGAAGCAGCUCCGCUUGGCGUACAAGCGGAAGGAAGACCUCAUCGCCAGUAUCCGCGAGAGAAAGGAGGCCAUGGAGCGCGGGCAUCGCACUCAAGAGAGGGUGCGUAGUCAUCUUCCAGACGCGCAGGGGAAACUCUUCUCCAGCAGGAAAUUGCUGGAUCACAACACGGACGAGACCAAGGGUCAGAUCCGGCGCAUUUCUGAAGACCUCCUGGAGAUUUUUCCUAUCGACCCGAUUCCCGACAAACCGCUUGGCUUUACCAUUGGUGGGCUGGCGCUUCCCAAUUCGAAUUUUACGGACGUGGACCGGGACGCGGUGGCGGCAGCGCUAGGAUACACGGCGCACCUGGUUUAUCUGUUGUCGUUCUACCUGUCGAUCCCCGUCCCAUACCCCAUCACCCCGUACUCGUCGACUUCAUUGAUCCAGGACCCGGUGUCCUCGUCUCUCCCGCAACGGACCUAUCCGCUGCAUCCGGUCAACGUGCAGUACCGGUUCGAGUACGGGGUGUUUUUACUGAACAAAGACAUUGAAUUCUUGCUCAACAAACAAGGUCUACGGGUGUUGGAUAUCCGCCACACGUUGCCCAACCUGAAGUAUCUGCUGUACGUCCUCACGGCGCGGUCCUCCGAGAUCCCCGCCCGGAAAGCAGGCGGGAUCCGGGGGCUUCUCCCGGGUCGGUUGACGCCCUGUUUAUCACGACGAGGAAGUGAAGACAGCGUCGCAUAUGGCGAAAGCGUCUUUCCCCGAAAGGGAACGCACCCGACAUCGAAAAUGAAUGGGGAAAUAACAACAGACCAAGGGAACAACCCGACCGGGCUAUCAGUCCCGAGUGGUUCGGGCUCUUCUCAGGUGGGCUAA